GUAAAUAAGGUUGGCAGUCGCACAGGAAAAACGUCUUUGUUGUAUGUGUUGUCUUUUGAAAUGUUACGGUACAAAACAACUUAUUUCAUGAUUAUGUCCUUUUCUCGUUUCUGAAACUAUCAGCUCUUCCGCAGAUCAAACGUUGAUUUAGCGUGUUUCCCUUUCCUUGAAGCUUCCGACUUGUAUUUCAUUACAUCACCUGUAAUUUUUUUUUUUGCGUGUGUAUGUGUGUAUGUUCCCGUUGCACUGGUUUUGAAAGAGAAAACAUAAAACACAUUGUUUUUAAAUAAAAGCUAGCAAAGCUGUGCGCUCGGUGUUUAUGCGAUGUAACACCUUGGCUCGACACAUGAUCCGGUGAACUGAACUGAGUCAACAUCUUUCAUAGUCUUAAAAUAUUCAUCGAUGGAAAUCUUAGCUUUCAACUCUCGGCGGCAUCUCCUGAAGGCUGCGACAUAGAAAGGAAGUAUACAAAACAUGUAAAGGCUGUUUCGAUUCUUCCUUCAGUCUGUUGAAUGCGGCUGACGAAUACAACCCGCCAGCCAAUAUCACAAUACUGAGGAGCGGUCUGUUUCCGUUUGUCCACAACAGGUAAUGUGAUUUUAACCAGCACUGGCGACUCGCAAACAGGCAACGGAUUGGUUGAACCGCCUGAAAACUGACAAGCACUCUGCAGAUGUUGAGGUGCCUUACAAUGGUCUUUUGUUUAUGGUGCCAAACUAGAGGACAUUUGAAAUGCAAAACUCUGGCGGCAGCCUAUGAGGUCGAAGGAAGAUAAUACCUGGUGUUUGAUACCCUUCCGCGGUGGUGAGUUUGAUUGACAGCCGUGGCUACCGCCCUUCAGGGAUGACGGUGGCAGCAGUAGCAUAAUCAUUUUCGUCAGCUUCAAGUGUUCAAGCGAAGGUGGCCACACGUAGACAGCCAACUGCUUCUACAAAAGUCCUUUAUUUCGGAUUUUGGCUCUCACAGUUUAAGGAGCUUUCAAGAGGUGCUGCAGUUUUGUGUUGCAAAUGAUGGCUUCUAUGGCAGCAACAUAUCCAGAUUUUCCGAAACUAAACCAAGAACCCACGUUAAGGAAAUGUACUCCUUUUUGUGACAAGAACAAGGACUGCCCAGACCAUCACGAACUGUUAGUGGCUAUUGUAAAUUGUACUGAUAUGCUGGGUUCCUUAUCAAAUCUUGACAACUUAAAAGAGUGUGUGGAGAAAUAUACCAAAGGUGGCUGGGGCAAAGAUGAUGAUGUACCAGAUGCUGUCAUGGAGAACAGGUGUCCACUCAUUCACUGGGCAGCAUCCUUGGGGAAGUGUAAUGCUUUAGAGUGGAUGCUUGCAAGUGGAUUCUCCCCUGUGGCAAAAUCCUCAGGAAAUGGUGAAACUGCCUUGCAUAGAGCCAUCCAGUUGCUGUACAAAUCAAGACCCAAAUUUACUGUUAAAGAACUGAACCCUAAAUUUUCUAAAAUGGUUGGCCUUUUAAAAGAAGCACUGCUGAUAAAAGAUGAGACACGUGAAAACACGCCUUUCCAUACUGCAGCGAGCAUGCUUGUUAAUGGAGAUCACAAGCCCAACUUCUUUCUGUCCUGUGUUGAGGUGAUAAUAAACAAAGGCAAAAAAAUGGGUGAUUACUCAGACAUUAUUUUGAAUGCUGUCAACAACGAAGGAGAGACUGUUCUGCAUAUCUUAGCUCGUGGUGAAAAACACAAAGUUGAGUAUUGCACUCUGGCUAUCAGAUCACUCAUUGUGGCUGGGGCAGACAGAAGUAUCAGAAACAAUGAUGGUCAAACAGCUUUAGAUAUUGCACUUGCUAUUGGAACAGAACCUAUUGUUGAGGAACUCAUCAGGGUGGUUGAGACAGAUGAGUCGGUACUUGACAACUUAUCUGUGGCAGAAAGCACUGGAGAGCUAGCUACUUAUUCUGGCCUUGUCACACCAUCACCUCCAACCAGUCUUAAUGGACACUCCCCUGCUAGUGCUUCAAUCAUUGACAAUGAUGAUGACGAUUCUCUUGGCUACCCUCGUAUUACUCAUGUCCAAUCAGUGAAUAUAAAGGUGGAGCCUUUAGAUGACAAUGAAGAUGCUGAACAGCAAAUACAACAGCUACAAGAAGAGCAAGCUUCAUCCAGUGCAUCAUGCUCAGAAUUUUUGGGCAACUCACCACUGCUGAAGCACCUUGGAGAAGCUGGAUUGCUGCAUGAUGUUUCUGCAUUACUUGCUAGGGCUCGCAGUAGAGAUGAAGGGAACCUGCGAAAAAUACAGACUCAAGCCAAAGAAAUUGAUGCUCAGGUCAAUACCAAACUGAAAGAAAUUGAAAGGAUGAAAUUGGAGGUUUCUUCCCUCAAACUUAAAAGGAAACGAUGUGAUGCUGAAGUUGAAAAACUGCACAAGAGACUUAUGUCAUGUGAUAGUGCACUCAAGGAGAUCCCUGGUGCACCCACAAGCAUUUAAUUGUCAUGUUAAUUCUGCCACAUCAUGAUGAGAGCAUGUCAUAGGCUUGUAGCUAACUGUAUUAAAUAGGUCGCAUUAAGACUGAAAAUGUCUGUAAUAUUUUGUGUAAAUACAAGAAAAAUUUUCUAAGGACUGGAGGGAGAGACUUCCUUUAAAUGGGGAUACUUUAUUGUUGGGUUCUUUUUAAAGUGCUGAUGCAAGUACAUGAUUGAAUGCGAGAGCAAUGCAAUCAUUUUAAGUUAUAAAUUAAUUUAUUUGAAAGAGCUUCUUAAAACACCCAGUAAAAUGUGUAGAGUAACAGAUUAUCCAUCACAUCCUACAGGGUUGUUAAUAAAAUUUUGAAUUACUGGACCGUGAAACAAAGUAAGGGGCACUAAACAGUUUUAUUUCCAUUGAUGUCCUGCUACCUUGCUGAAGAUUGAGUUACAACCAUUCACAAUGAUGGGUGGGUUUCUCAGAAUAGAUGGUGAAAUGCCCCAGUUGUUGGCUCAUUUUGACAGUCCUGUAACCCAUAACAUGGUAACAUAACAUGUUUUGUUAUAGCAGAACAUCUUUCAAUCAGAAAUACAGUGUAUCUUUGUCAACCACAUUGUUUUCAUCUGCAUACCCAGAAAUCAAGAGCAACUUAAAAUAAUUCUGAGAGAUGAUCUUAGGCAAAUUUUUUCAUUUUUAUGUUUUUUUGUUGUUUAUUUUUUCUUGGCAAAACAGCGAUCAUUGCAAUGCAUUCUCUCCUCAAUUGGGAAACAAUUUUUAAAAUCUGAUUAUUACUCCCUCAGAAUUCAGGAUCAUUAAACUUGUACUCGCACCUCGUUUUCUAAGGGUGUAGUGGCCACCUAAGGUUCUGCGAAUUGGAUGAAAAAAAAUUGAUUUGUUAAAAAAAAAAUAAUAACAACAACAACAGAAGAACUUGAUCUUUGUUUGUGUUUCCACUUUUCUUUGUUCUUCUCUUGUUAUAUGUGUUGUUCACUCUUUUUUUGCCAGUUUGCAGGAAAGAUAAAACUGAGAAAAGUCUGA